AUGUCAACACCCGCCACACCAUUUCCGCUUGAACGUGCUUUAUUUGCUACCACCGCACGUCUCAUUUCAUGUCUCGUUACAGAAUCUCUUACUAGGGCGUAUUACCUUCCACUCCACCUUGCCAAUGCACCUAUUGGUGUGGCCGUUAUUCUCGCAGGAAAUGUGCAUCCAGACAAGACCGCUUUCGAUGCGGGGGAUGUUAUCGCUGUUGUUGCCUUACGCCACCCCCCCGUCUUUCGAGGCGAGGUGAAGUCAAGUCGAGGUCGGGCAAUCGGGCUGUUGGAUCCACAGGACUUACAUCACCUGGUGUUCCUUACCAGCAAGACAGUGAUUGAGGGGAUAUCUGAGCAUGAAGAGUUGUGCUCUUCCAUUGCUGAAUCUCUCGCGAGCGCAGGUUGGACGAUCACCGAACCCUUUCAAUUGCACCUGUGCACGGAUCCUAUAUCUCUCUGGAAUACUUUCGCUACUGGCAUAAAUUUAGAUCAAGGAUUAUUGGUGGAUAUUGCAAGUGAAUUAUCCAGCGCAGUAAAAUGGCAAACCCAUUCUUACCAGCAUCCUCCAAUUGCUCCAUUAUUCACAUCCGCCAGCAUCGAUUGGGAACAGUCAAUCGUAGAAGGACACCCGACCCACCCUAUGCACAAAACUCGGCGGUUUUUACCACCUCUCCCUGAUUUCCUUCCGGGAUCUUACGAUCUGUAUCACCCAAAGCUUAGACUGAUAUCCGUACCAAGAGAAAACUUAAAAGUCACCUACAACUUCGAAGCUUUGUCCCAGCCAAUCCUUGACGCCGUGACGAAGAGUUCAGGUCAACAUUUUAGUGCCCCGGAUGGCCAUGUGGUUGUGCCCGUUCAUGAACUACAAUUGCUUCACAUCGAAGCCAAAUUUCCCGACGCCAUCAUUUACCCAGCGCAAUUCAGUCUCCCACUGCUUGCACAACAAAGUUUAAGAUCAGUUCUUGUUCCAGAUGCAUACCGCGAUCUCCACCUCAAACUUGGAGUCGGUAUCAAGCUCACCUCCGCAGUGCGAACUAUAUCCCCGGAGUCAGCAUAUCUCGGACCUCGAUUCUCCGCCAAGGUUGUGCCCGUUCUGGCAUUGGAUCCCAACGUCGUCACCGUCGCCAAGGAACUGGCCAGUGUGGUGCAUGGCCACGCAGAUGGGGAAAUCGCAAAGCAUUGUUCUGCAAUUAUUCGAGAGUCUCCUGAGAGUACGAGCGAGGAACGGCAAGAACGUUUGAUUGUUUGUACCGCUCUUGUGGAGAGUGGGCACGCAGGCAUCGAUGGACAUCUUCCUUCAGUUAUUCGCGUGUUUGGUCUCGACAAUGACGACAAACGUGCAUUUUGGUUUGAAAAGUUUGUGCAGGUUUUCUUCCAGGCUUUUCUCCCGCCAAUGCUUCAGAAUGGAGUGGCGUUUGAAUGUCAUCCACAGAAUUGUGUAGCCCGUUUCGACAUUCACACAAAAGAGUUGAAAGGGUUUAUCAUCCGAGACUUUGGUGGACUUCGCGUCCACCGAGAGACUCUGCUGGCUACCACUGGCGUGGAGCUUGACUUCCUUGAUGGACACUCCAUUAUAGCUGCUGAUCUGGAUGACGUGUACACCCGAAUGUAUCACACAGUUUUCCACAACCAUCUCCAGCAACUCAUACGGGUCCUCGGAUUGCACUACAAUGGACGUGGCUGGAAAAUUGUACGGGAUCAACUAGGGAGAAGCAUACCUCAGGACCAUCCCCUUCACAAGGCCUGGCUUUGUCCGGAUAGGACAUCCCUUCCAGGGAAAUGUUUUCUGCGCAUGCGAAUGGCAGGGAUGUACAGAUUUCACCUGCAUGCCCCAUUUCCCAAUCUGAUACAUUAUCAAGGUGCCGAAGAAUGA